AUGGUUGUGGAACAACCAGAGCAGCUGGUGACAUGCCUCUCAUGGAACAACGAAGGCACAAACCUCGCGGUGGGUUUGACACAUGGUUUUAUUGUUUACAGUACAGAAUUGCUUUCGAGUGAGGAUGGAUGUCUGCACGAGGUCAUUAGAUGGCCUGUUUUAGGCGGUGUAAGCAUAUUGGCGUUACACGGGCAGAGUAACCUUGUGAUUUUGGUGGGUUGGGAAGUCAAUUACCGCAACACUGUCACGAUACUCGACCUUUCUGUGGAUAACACAAUGAAUCAGGAUCAUUGGUUGCUGGCGCGUGCAAAGCUCCCGGCUGUAGUGAAUGCGUUGCGUUUCCAUCCCUGUAUGGUGUUGGUGGGUGUUGAAACAGGUCCCAUAUACGUUUUUGAUCACACACUACGAAUGAUAGAGUCAUUUGAGGUGUCUAACCCAACAUCUAACUCGCCUCCGAGAGGCGACACCUUAGCAUUGGGCACCAUGCUUGUGGAGAAAUUGGCGUGUGGCAUUUGUUAUUCUCAAUUAUAUGGAGUUAUUCUUGGCCCGAAGAGUGGCACGGUACGAUGCAUUUGCUAUGCCACCGAAAGGCAUGUACAGUCAGGUUUGCUGCAAGAACCAUUUCCCAAUCUUGACAAGAAACUCACCCCUCAGCUCACGGUAAACGUUAUGGAGCUUCACCGCAAUGAGGUGAGAUGUAUCACUACCACCCCUGAUGGUGUGCGGGCACUUACCGUGAGUGAGCGGGGGACAUCACUCAAGCUGAUUGAUGUUGAGAACCACAUUGUAGUUUGUCAGUUCUCCAGAGGAGCAACACCCAAUGUGGUUCAUGCACUGGGGUUGCUCGUGUCCUCCACGCACACCAUAGCUGCCUGUAUUUCAGGCACAGGCACCUUUCAUCUCUUUUAUUUUCACACUUCUAACGCUUUAGAUUCUGGGGUCGCUGGGGCGGUCAAUGCAGAUCGAAGCGUCGGCAGCCAUGGUUUUAUGCAAGCAUGGUCGGAUUACAGAAACAGCGUGUGCCCCAAAGCACGUCUGCUAAUUCCAGAAGAUGAGUUGUACAAUAGUAUUUGCAGACAAGGAGAUUCUGGCAAGUCAAUCUAUAGUAUGGUUCUUCGCCCCGUUGCGAAAAAAGACUCUUGUGUGGCCCUUGUCGUUCAGCGAUGUAUGCUACCUCAAGGGAUAACGAAGAAGGCACGGAUUCUCUCUGUUCAAGCGGAGCUCUCGUUAGUGGAAAGUAUGAAAAUUGUACGCAGCUUCUACUUUCCAAAGGACGAGUUGUAA